UUCCUGCCGGAGCUGAGCCCGAACCUGGCCAAGGAGGUGCGGCUCUUCUGGUGCCGCGACAUGAUCCUCAACGUGCCCUUUUUCCGGCUCUUCCCGUCCCAGGUCGUCCAGCGGUUGGUCUGCGCGGUCCGCGUCGAGUUCUACAUGCCCGACGACUACAUCAUCCUCGUGGGCGAGUUCGGCCACGAGAUGUUCUUCAUCAAGUCGGGCACGGUCGACGUCUUCCGCAUCGACGAGGCCGAGCAGAUCGUGUGCAGCCUGCGGGAGGGCGAGUACUUCGGGGACGUCGCGCUGCUCACGAAGAGCCAGCGGACCGCGACCAUAAAAGCACGGACGUUCGUGACGUGCGCCAUCAUCAGCCGCGACCAGUUCGAGGGCCUCCUCGCGGACCACCCC